AUGGAACGAGGCAUUAAACUUUUUCUUGUUAUAGCGAGAAGAUUUUAUCAAUACGAUCCUCGUGAAAUUUCAUCGAUUCUUGGUGUACCAUCCAGACCUAGUCAUUUACCAGAAGCAGAACCCAUAUUACCUGGUCACACACUCUUAAGACCAGCAAUAGGAAUGCUAAAAUCUUCAGUCAAAUUUCCCCAUAAAGACCUGGAGGAUGGAUCUGGGGUUUAUGGCAAUAUUGAUAACUUGGGAAUAAGACACGAUGCCCGAAAUGAAAGAUUGCUUUAUACUGGAUUUAGAAGAUUCCCAUCCGAUUAUAUAAUGAAUAAAGCAAAAUUACACAGUCAUGUGCUACGAACCAGUGCAACUUCUGAAGAGGGAAGUGUGGAAAAACAAAAGGAAUCAAUACCAAACGAACAACCAAUGAAUGGUGAGAGUACAGGAAAGAUGAAAUUUCUACUGGAUUCAAAGGACAUUUACAACAAUAUAAAAGUUCAUAAAAAUGCUCCAGAAUUCAAUGAGCUUAUGCCAAAAGAAUAUCAAGAAGACAACAUCCGCGAAUGGUGGUAUUACAAUGCGGAUGAUUACACACCAUUUGAUUAU